AUGAUUCCACGACUGCUAUCCCGCCCGACGCUGCUGUGUCCGCGCUGCAGCUUCGCCAAGGCCCACAGCCGGCCGCCAUGGCUCCCCCAGCGGCCCGCCGUCGCCGUCGCGGCGCAGCCCCUCCGAACCUCGGCCGCCCUGCGCCGUGAGCAGCCCCCGGUGAAGCCGAGCGCCAUCCUGCCCAAGACGAAGACCACAGAAACGCCCCCGAGCCCGACACCGAAGAAGCCCGCCGCCGCCGCGAGCGAUCCCCUGGCCGGCGUCGACAAGUCGGCCGCCGAGCAGCGCAAGGCCGACUGGGCCAUCAUGAGGGAGAUGUCGCGCUACCUGUGGCCCAAGGGCCAGCUGGGCACAAAGUUCCGCGUUGGCCUCGCCGUCGCGCUGCUGGUUGGCGCCAAGCUGCUCAACGUGCAGGUGCCCUUUUACUUUAAGAGCAUCGUCGACACCAUGAACAUUGACGUCGCCGCUGUGGGUGGCACGGCCACCGCCAUCGCGGGCAGUCUGAUCGUGGCAUACGGCGCGGCGCGCAUUGGCGCUACCGUCUUCCAGGAGCUGCGCAACGCCGUCUUCGCGUCCGUCGCGCAAAAGGCAAUCAGGAGGGUCGCCUGCAACGUCUUCGACCACCUGCUGCGCCUGGAUCUGAGCUUCCACCUCUCCAAGCAGACGGGCGGCCUGACGCGCGCCAUCGACCGCGGUACCAAGGGCAUCAGCUUCCUGUUGACGAGCAUGGUCUUUCACAUCCUGCCCACGGCGCUCGAGAUCAGCAUGGUGUGCGGUAUCCUGACGUGGCAGUACGGAGCCAAGUUUGCCGCCAUUACCGUCCUCACCAUGGUCGGGUACACGGCCUUUACCAUUUGGACGACGGCUUGGCGGACAAAGUUCCGUCGCCAGGCAAAUGCCGCCGAUAAUAAGGCAUCGACCGUCGCAGUCGACUCACUCAUCAACUACGAGGCCGUCAAGUACUUUAACAACGAAAAGUUUGAGGUGGCGCGGUACGACAAGGCUCUGCAGGCGUACGAAAAGAGCUCCAUCAAGGUCGCCACGUCGCUGGCUUUUCUCAAUAGCGGGCAAAACAUCAUCUUCUCGAGCGCCCUGACGGCCAUGAUGUAUCUCGCGGCUGACGGCGUCGCAGCCGGCACGCUCACCGUCGGCGACCUCGUCAUGGUGAACCAGCUCGUCUUCCAGCUCUCCGUGCCGCUCAACUUCCUCGGCUCCGUGUACCGCGAGCUGCGGCAGUCGCUGCUCGAUAUGGAGACGCUCUUCAACCUGCAAAAGGUCAACGUCAGCAUCGCCGAGAAGCCCGGCGCCAAGGCCCUCGCGCUCCCCAAGGGCGGCGAGAUCAAGUUUGAAAACGUCACGUUCGGCUACCACCCGGACCGGCCCAUCCUGCAGAACCUGUCUCUGACGAUCCCCGCCGGCAAAAAGGUCGCCGUGGUCGGCCCCAGCGGUUGCGGCAAGUCUACGCUCCUGCGGCUGCUCUUCCGAUACUACGACGUGCAGGGCGGCCGGAUCCUUAUCGACGACCAGGACGUGCGCGACGUGCAGGUCGACUCGCUGCGGCGGUCCAUCGGCGUGGUACCGCAGGACACGCCGCUCUUCAACGACACGGUGGAGCACAACAUCCGGUACGGCAACAUGGAGGCCACGCACGAGCAGGUGGUGGCGGCGGCGCGGCGGGCGCGCAUCCACGACAUCAUCCAGCAGUUCCCCGACGGCUACGACACCAAGGUCGGCGAGCGGGGCAUGAUGAUCUCGGGCGGCGAGAAGCAGCGCCUGGCCAUGAGCCGCCUGCUGCUCAAGGACCCGCCGCUGCUCUUCUUCGACGAGGCGACGAGCGCCCUGGACACGCACACGGAGCAGGCGCUCAUGAUUAACAUCAACGGCAUUCUGCGUGAAAAGGGCCGCACGAGCGUCUUUGUCGCGCACCGCCUGCGCACCAUCUUUGACGCGGACCUCAUCAUUGUGCUCAAGGAAGGGCACGUGGCCGAGAUGGGCAGCCAUCGCGAGCUGAUUGACCGGGCGGGCGUGUACUCGGAGCUCUGGAGCGCGCAAGAAACGCUCUUCAACGAAGACGGAACGGAAAGGGCAGAGAGCGAGGAGAGGAACGUAGAAGAGGAGGCCAUCAAGACCAAGGACGCGCCGGCACCUAAAAAGUAG